GCAUUAGAUAACGCUGACUUCACAAUGGGCUCCAUCAGUGCAGCAAAUGCAGAAUUUUGUUUUGAUGUAUUCAAAGAGCUGAGAGUUCACCAUGCCAAUGACAACAUCUUUUAUUGCCCCCUGAGCAUGAUGGCAGCCUUGGCCAUGGUCUAUCUGGGAGCAAGAGGUAACACUGAGUAUCAGAUGGAGAAGGUUCUUCAUUUUGACAAAAUUGCAGGACUUGGAAGUAUCCAGACCAAGUGUGGCAAAUCUGUGAAUAUCCACUUUCUGUUUAAAGAAAUUCUCUCUGAUAUCGCUGCACCGAAAGCCAAUUAUUCCCUCCACAUUGCCAACAGACUCUAUGCUGAAAAGACAAGUGCAAUCCUACCGAUCUAUGUAAAAUGUGUGAAGAAACUGUACAGGGCUGGUCUGGAAAUGGUCAACUUCAAAACAGCAUCAAAUCAAGCCAGACAGCGCAUUAAUUCCUGGGUGAAAAAUCAGACAAAUGGACGUAUCCAAGAUUUGCUUGAACCAGGCUCUGUUGAUCUGCAUACUGUGCUGGUCCUUGUGAAUGCCAUUUACUUCAAGGGGAUAUGGAAGAGCGCGUUUAAAGAAGAAGACACUCGGGAAGUGCCGUUCAGUGUGACAAAGCAAGAGAGCAGACCUGUUCAAAUGAUGUUUCAGAAUAGUACCUUCAAUAUAGGAAGAGUGGCUGCAGAGAAAAUGAAGAUCCUGGAGCUUCCAUAUACCAGUGGAGAGCUGAGCCUGUUGGUGCUGUUGCCUGAUGACAUCUCUGGUCUGGAACAGCUCGAGAACAAAAUCAGCUUUGAUAAACUUACAGAGUGGACCAGUCCCAGUGUGAUGGAGCAGAAGAGGGUGAAAGUGUACCUCCCACGCAUGAAGACUGAGGAAAAAUAUAACCUCACAUCUGUCUUAACAGCCUUGGGUAUGACCGACCUGUUCAGCCCCUCGGCCAAUCUCUCUGGCAUCUCUUCAGCAGAGAACCUGAAGGUAUCUGAGGCCGUCCAUGAGGCGUACAUGGAAGUCACUGAGGAGGGCACUGAGGUGACUGGCUCAACUGUUGUGACAGGAGAUACCCAAGCGUCCUCUGAGUUUGAAGAGUUUAGGGCUGACCACCCAUUCCUUUUCUUGAUCAGACACAAUCCAAGCAACAUGAUCCUCUUCUUUGGUAGAUAUUGUUCACCCUAG